GAAUUUUCCAAGAGGCAUAAAUACCCAAAGUAGGACGUGCUGCUUAAGCAUCCAGAUAGAGCACAUAGAAACGCAUACUGGAACCAAAUUUGUCUUAUAGAAUGGCUAACUAUAUCCACGUACCCGCCUGUGCCCCUGCUGUUCCCAAAUUAGAUAUUACCGUAGAUGAUAAAGAUAUCAGUGCAGGAGCAAUGAAACUGAUCAAGGAACUGAGACCCAAUUGGGAUCCGUCAGAGGUCAAAAUGAAGCUUUUCACAGAUGGCAUUACUAACAAGCUCAUUGGCUGUUACGUUGGCAAGGGGAUGGAGGACGUAGUCCUGGUAAGGAUCUAUGGCAACAAGACUGAGCUUUUUGUGGAUCGUAAGAAUGAAGUGAAGAGCUUUCGUGUGUUGCAUGCUCACAACUGUGCACCCCCUCUCUACUGCACUUUCAACAAUGGCCUGUGCUAUGAGUUCAUGCAUGGGACUGCCCUUGACCCAGAAGACAUCCGCCAACCAGAGCUUUUCAGGCUAAUAGCCAGACAAUUGGCAAAAUUCCACGCUAUUCAUGCUCACAAUGGCUGGGUCCCAAAGUCCAACCUGUGGAUGAAGAUGGGGAAGUAUUUUUCCCUUGCCCCUACAGAGUUUGAGGACAAGGCAGUAAACCAUAGAUUCCUAAAAGAAGUCCCUAGUUCUCAAGAGUUGCAGCAGGAGAUGGCCUGGAUGAAGGAACGUCUCUCAGGUCUGGGUUCCCCUGUGGUUUUCUGUCACAAUGACCUCUUGUGCAAAAACAUUAUCUUCAAUGAGAAAGGUAAUGUAAAGUUCAUUGACUAUGAAUAUGCUGGCUACAACUACCAGGGCUUUGAUAUUGGGAACCAUUUUAAUGAGUUUGCAGGUAUAAAUGAGGUGGACUACAGCCGCUACCCCAGCAAAGAGCUGCAAAUGCAGUGGCUGAAAGCCUACCUUGAAAGUUACAAAGAAUACAAAGGCCAGGGUUCUCAGGUCUCAGAGAAAGAAGUGGAGGUUCUCUAUGUUCAAGUCAAUCAGUUUGCUCUUGCUUCUCACUUCUUCUGGGGACUGUGGGCUUUGAUCCAAGCUAAAUACUCAACUAUCGACUUUGAUUUCCUUGGGUAUGCAAUUGUCCGCUUUAAUCAGUAUAUCAAAAUGAAGCCAGAAGUGACAGCCUUGAACUUCCCAUAAUAAACCAUCCUCAAUCAGAAAGUCAUCAAGUGAAUCAUCACAGAAGAAACAAUGGUGUGCAUGUUGGCUCUCCGUGGACUCUAGAUAAGCAGUUGCUUGACACGACCCAUCUUUGCUGAAAACAUUAAUGCAUCAGCUUAGACCUAGCACCAUUUUAUCUACAAGGUGGAAGGCAGCUUGACAUGCUGUAAAAUCACCAGGGUGUUUUCGAUCACUUCGUCAAUAUAUGUUCUACAGGGAGAUGUGGAUUAUUUAUAAUUUAAGGCUGUAUUUUUUUUUGCGGUUCUCACAGAUUUCACGAUUUCUGUGAAAUUUGUUGUAUAAUAACUGUAGAGAAAAAUGAUAAAUUUUCAAUAUAACAACACUAUUUUUUCUGCUUUUAAAAUAUUAUGUUUAACCGUGAAAUCUAUUUUUAGAUCUCCAGUGUAAAAGUAGAUAAACAGAAGUCCAUUUAGUCAGACCCAUGAAAACCCAAUACAUUGAGCUUGCACAAAAAUACAUUCUUUACAUAUUCUACUAUUUAGGAGCAACUUCUGACAAAGUUUCAGCAAUUUGGUAUUUGCUGUCUUCCCAGAUUACUGUCCAAGUCCAAGAUUUUGGGACCAGAUGUUUUCUUUGUGUAUAUGUAUUGUUUGAUUGUGUGGAAGUGGUGAUGGUUCAAAUAUUGCAAUUAACUGUAAACAGAAAACCUGUUAGUUUUCAGAAGGAUUAAAAAUAAAGGAACUUAUUAUUAUUUUAAUAUGAAUGCUCACUUUGUAAUUAGUGAUCGGAAAACUGGCUUAAACAUUGUCACACUAUUAAAUUCUUAGUUGGGAACAAUUUCACACUGACUUAAGUGCUCACACUCCUGCUUGUAUAUAGUUUUAAAAGUAAUUUCUGCUUUCAAGACACUUUAAUUUGUAAGCUUUAUUUUAUUCAAAAUGACGUUUUUUAAAAUACCAAAUUAAAAUGAAAGCUUGUAUUAGAGCUAUAACUUCUUUUGGGUGCUUCAGGCACUAAGUUUAUCAAUAAACCUGUUUAUCAUGGUUUACAAAUAAAACUGAAUGGAGAAAUUUAGCCUUAAUGCUUUAAUGUACAACAUGUCUAGUUUUUCUGAUUAAAUAAGGCACGUUACUAUUUUUCUUAUGCACAGGUAGACUCAAGGAAGGUAAACGUGAGGUAAUGCGAUUUAUUUUCCACAGUUUGUGUUUAAAUAUUUAGGUGUCAAGCAAUGGAGGUUGCUUAAAAGCAUCACUGACAUCAAAGCAACAUGGAUUCCUAUUAAUAUACUGAAAGUAAUAUUGCUAUUCUGAGAUAUGCUAUUCUGAGCCUAACAAAUGGCAGUUAUUAAAAAAAAAAAAAAAAAAAAAAUCAAGCUGUUUUAUGAGCCCCAUCACUCUUGCUUUUAGGUGCUUGUAAAAUAGCAGUGAAUUAUUAACCAUAUUGCUUUUCCUAAUGAACAAGAUGAAGUAGUUUGGUUUUAAAAAUAUAUAUUCUAAAGUACAAGUACUAGCGUCACUUUUUAGGCAGUAUACUUAAGGCUACGAUUUUAUCACAGAGGUCUCAGAAAUCAUGAAAAUCGUGAAUUUGAAAAAAAAAAUUGUGAAAUCUUGGAAAUGGAUGUAAAAACACUUUUGACUAGGCGCUUACUUUAUUUCCUUUAAAACAUGCAGUACGUCGUGCACUGAAAAUACAAAUCUGGGAGUAUCUGUAUAUGUUUGAUUCAUACAGUACUUCUGUUGCAGAUGAAUGUGAUACGUCAGGCGCAGACAGCUAAAAGCUGGGCAGCUUCACUAUUAGCUGUACGAGACGCAUCGUGAUUGCAUAUCUCAAGAUUGUAGGUGACGUAAUUCUGACUUUGCACACAGGGUCGGAGACCCUCGAUUCCGACCAGAAAUUAUGUCGGAGUCUGAAGUAUAUACUAUCAAUUUUGUACCCUAAAGUAACACUUAAACAUAUCAGUAGUCAAAAGCAAUUGUCUUUAUAUUAUUGAUUUUGGUGUACUAUUUAAAAUGUCUUGUGUGUGUUGCUGUAGCUAAAACUACAUUUGGUGAACUCUCUGUGAAUUCUUGUUUUUUUGCCACACCUUGCCCAUGAAAUAUGAAAUGCCCAAAAUCGUAGCCUUAAUUGUAAUAAGCAAUAAAAAAAGCAUCAAUAUAUGUAAUGAGUGAAUAUGAAGUUGAAGAAAAAAAGAAUGCGCAAAAAUACAAGACAAUAUUAUAUCGCCUUAAUAAAUAGGUAAACUGGUAGGCACCCAAUGCCUGAAGUAAGAAUAUACAGCGCUUGUACCAAAGUGUUCUCCAAUCUGAUGUUUGUAAUGGUGGGGUUGGGGAUGUUUGGACUUUAUACAAAUACUUCUGUACAUAUAUUGUGCAUAUAUAAUACACACACACAUACGAACAUAUAUAUAUAUAUAUAUAUAUAUAUAUAUAUAUAUAUAUAUAUAUAUAUAUAUAUAUAUAUAUAUAGAAAUAACAAGCACUUGUUUUGAUGGGGUCUUGAGUUGAGGUUGGAGAUCACACGUACUGUAAAAUAUUCUGCUUCUGCUUGCAGUGCUUAUCUUUUCACUGCAGUAACUAGUCUAUAGUGGCAUGUUUGCUUUUGUAAAGCAGUGCUCUAUAUAAACGUAUCUGACAUGUGUAGCAUACUGUAAAAUGUAUAAUAUUAAAAAAGCAAUUGUGUGUUUAUGAAAAUAAUUGUAAAAUGUGUUUUCUUAUCUUGUGGUAUGUAUUAUGUACUGAAAUGCUCCCCUUCUAAAAUGAAGUUUGGAAAAAAGAGAGAAGUGAGAUAACAUACUGUUUUUUUGUUGCAGAAUUUUUGUUCCUCAACUGACCAAUGCCUUGUUUCCAUCUGCCUCUGAAAUUGAGUUAAAAGCGAUUUGAAUAACAAUCCUGUUCCAUUACAUCGGUAGCAGAGGGACAUGAUUUAGGAAUACUUAUCAAGAGAAUUUUCUCUGAUGGAGGAAGCUACUUAUUGUGUGUCUAAUACGAAGGAUGCAUUUAAUCAUCACUAAAAUGUGAUACAUUAUACUAAAGGUGAAUAUAACCAAUCUUUGACCUGUUGUAUAAUUUUCUGUUUCUGAUUGGAUUGUAUACUGCAUACUGAACCAGUGGCAGCCUCAGUUUAAUACUGGAAUAAGAUGAAAUUAUGGCAUAAUUAAAAAUGGAGCCAAGCCAAAAUCAGCCUAUAUAACUCAUAAUAAUUUUAUGACAGACUAUUAAGCUACUGUAGAACCUCAGAGUUAUGAACACCUUGGGAAUGGAGGUUGUUGGUAAAUCUGAAAUGUCCAUAAGUCUGAAAAUUAGUUUUCAAUGGUUUUAAUAAUUAUGCACACAUGUGGUCUACAGCCUUCAUCUGGUGAAUAAUACAAGGGUAUAGCACAGUAAUGCAAUACUCAUUGUCUUGGUUCUAAAGGCUUUAAAACAGUACUAUAAAUGGACAAAAGGCUAAAUUGAAAUUACCAUUGAAAUCGUAACUGCAAAAACACUUAUUUAAAUGUCCAGGAAAACCUGGGUUAAUGUGGUGCAUGUUUCAAUUUUUUUUUUUUAAUUCAAACAGCUUGCUACUUUGGCUUGAAAAAAAAAAAGACUGUUUAAAACCAAAAUGUUACUGGUAAUAUUGCCUGUAGUUCCUUUGAAAUCUGCCUCACCUUUCUGGAUACGUUUGUUAGUACAGUAAUUUUGCUUUCUCCAUGACCAGCAUGCCACUUAUAGGAGCGCCUAUCGGGUUGCAUUGCAUGAAUGGUUGAGUGAUUGCAUACUUCCGACUGAAAGUGGGGUUAUCGGUAGAAGGUCAGUUCAUAGGUUAGGUGUUCAUAACGCUGACAUUCUACUGUAAUACUCAUUGGAUUUCUCAAGUUUGUUUUAAUAUUUCUACAUUUUAAAACUGAUACUAUACAUCUUAAGUGGUUAAUAGACUUCUUUAAGAAACGUGGGGCCAUAUUUAACAAGGUAUUUAACACAAAUUGGUGCAAAGUCAAUUUUGGUGAAAAGAAACUCCUUAGGUACACUUAUGAGUAAUUACAUUAUCCUUCUUACAAACUGGCCCAUUGUAUUUAACUUUUUCCCCCUAAACAUUUUGUGGGUUUACCUGUAAAAAAUAUGCGUAAAAUAUGUUUUGUGAGGCUAUGUCCAGACAUGUGAGGGAUUUAUUGUAAUAAUUUUGUGAAUUUGGCACUUUAAAAAAAAAAAAAAAAAAAAAAGAAAAUGUGCUCUUAGCACCCAAUGUCUCAUCUGAAUUUAUACCUGUGCUCUUUUUGUGCAUAUUAUUUACUUUUAACAUUGUCCCUGUCAUAUAACAAAAUGUGUAUUGUAUUCUGCAUGGAAACACAUAAUACUUUGUUAUAUUGUGAUCAUUAAAAAAAAAACAUGCCACCUA